GACAAUCCCACAAACCCGACAGCCACCGCCCCUUCCCACGACAACCUCUUUUCCCAGCUCACACAAAAGGUCGCCAAAAUGGGUCGCGUCCGAACUAAGACCGUCAAGAAGUCCGCCAAGGUCAUCAUUGAGCGUUACUACCCCAAGCUGUCUCUGGACUUCGAGACCAACAAGAGGAUUUGCGAUGAGAUUGCCAUUAUCGCGUCCAAGAGGCUCAGGAACAAGAUUGCCGGAUACACUACUCAUUUGAUGAAGCGUAUCCAGCGUGGUCCCGUCCGUGGUAUCUCAUUCAAGCUCCAAGAAGAGGAGCGUGAGCGAAAGGAUCAAUACGUCCCCGAGAUCUCCGCUCUCGACUUCACUCAGAACAGCGAGUCCGGCUCGCUCGACGUCGACCAGGAGACCAAGGACCUGCUCAAGAGCAUGGGUUUCGACAGCAUCCCCACCAACGUCGUCGCUGUCUCUCAGCAACAAGUUGUCGAGCGCCCCCGUCGCUUCAACGACCGCCCAGGCCGCUCGUAGAUGCGAAUGCGAAUCCACGAUCCGACGGUCUCCCUUCUUCCUCCCUUCUCGAUUUUCUGAAAAUAUGGUGUCUGGGAAAGGGUUUCUUCUGCCACGAUUAUGGCAAGGUUUUACGGCUAUAUACGGCGGCAUGAUGAUCAGGAGUCAAUGAAACAAAAAGGUUCUCCCCCCCACUAGGUGUCGCUGAGUCCUCGUGCCGCAAGACACGAGGAGGAUGCUUGAUUGCCAUUUCCCCUCCCCUUGCCCUUCUGCUUGACGUGACACUAGUGUGAUGUUAUGACAAGGUGCGUAGCUUCCUAACUGGCAAGUGUCAUUCCUGUGUGCAAAGCCGGUGCUGUCAACACGGUGACGUGUUUGGCCUAUGUUCGAUCUAUUGUUGACUGUCAUCGAAUUUCUUUCGCUCAAUAUUUUCCUUUCCAAGGACAGGCAUCUUUCUAUUCUGGUCUCUUGAUGAGACAACUUCCAACAACAUUUCCUGAAC